AAACACGGCCCUGCUCCGCGGCUGUCCUACCGGAGCUGAGAGAGCUCCUCUCUACGCCCAAAACCAGAAAGAAUCGUCUUUAUGCUUGGUUGGCUAGCUGGUGGCUACUAGUACUGGUACUUGAUUCGAUCGGGUUCACAACAAAGAGCAUAUUUCUCUUUGCGCGUGGAGCCGUCCACAGCAUGGACAAUCCUCCUCCGGCCGGCGAGGUGAACAACGCGGGCGCCAAUCCUCCGGCCGCCGGCGUGGUGGGGAACGUGGGCGCGAAUGCGGCCGCCGGCGCGGUGAACAACGUCGGUGCCAAUCCUCCGGCGGCCGGCGUGGUCAACAACGUCGGCGCCAAUGCUCCAGCAGCCGGCGUCGCCAAUCCUCCGGCAGCGGCGGAAGCUGCUGCAGUGGCUGCCGCUGCAGCGCAGGCGCGGCUCCGCAGGGAGAAGAGGGAGAGGAUGGUUAUGUGUGUGGUGUUUGUGGUCAUCCUGGCAGCGUUUAUAACUCUGAUGGCGCUGUUGAUGACGCAUCCAUGGGAUGGCCAGUAGAGAGUGCUCGAUCUGCAGUUCUGCAAACGGGCUUCAUUCACUAGCAGCAUCGUUGAUACUAUCAUUCUCUUGUAGCACUUUGUUGAGAUCGCGCUAUGUGUAAUGUGUUUAUGUGCUCACAGUAGAGUAGGAGUAAUAGAUAAUUUGAUCCUUGUAAUAAUUAAACUCAGUAGAUUUCAGUUUGGUGUGCCUAGCACUAGGACCAUCCAUCUGGCCUAUUCGUGGUGAAGUAGGUAGUACUGCGAGUGCCAUACUGACAUCUAUGUAGUUCGUUAUGAGCAAGGUAAAAUCUCGGACGGACACUGAAUGUGGAAUGAUUGCUUUGGGGCAGUCUCAAGCCAGAGCUAUAAUAUAUCCACAUAACUUUUUUGCA